AUGUAUGUUUAUGAGGCUGAUGAGGACUGCUCCAGCAGAGGCACACCAAUAACUGUCUACGCUCUGUCUACCAUCUUUGCCAUUGGAGUGUCAAUUGCUUUGGUCCUGCAGAUUUACCUGGGUGAAAGUUUGGUCUUCCAACACGGGGAGUUGUUUUCGGAUCACGAGCGCUGCACCGCACUCGGUCACAGAGUCCUUCGUGAUGGUGGAUCCAGUGUGGAUGCUGCCAUCGCCAGUGCCUUGUGUUUGGGAGUCGUUCAUCCACACGUAUCAGGUGUUGGUGGAGGAGGAAUCAUGCUCGUUCAUGACAUACACAGGAAUGAAACCAGGGUGAUCAACUUUCUGGGAUCUGCUCCUAAAGCAUUCAGAAGGGAGAUGCUGCACAAUAUUUCACAGGCCAAGGCAGGUCUGCAAGUAGGAGUGCCAGGCAUGCUCAGGGGACUGCACCGUGCCCACACACUGUACGGAGGUCUGCCAUGGGAGGAUGUUGUCAGCAGAGCUGCAGCUGUAGCAAGAGAAGGUUUCAAUGUGUCUCACAGUUUAGCUGAUGCUAUAUCAAAGGUGAGUGGUGAGCAGCAAUCUCAAAGCUUCAAUAACACAUUCAUGCCACAUGGAAGACCUCUGAGUGCUGGUUCAUAUGUGAGGUUGCCUCGCCUGGCAGGAGUCCUGGAGGCUGGUUUGUUGAAUUUCUACCAUGGCAACCUAUCUCAAGAGAUUGUAGAUGAGGCACAAGCAAAUGGAGGCGUACUGAGCAGAGAAGACAUUGGUAACUACAGCGUGGAUGUAGAAAUACCCAUUGAAGCCCAGUACAAUGAUAAAGAGUUUAUAAUUCAAGUUCCUCCUCCUCCAUCUGCUG